AAACGAGAGCGAAACUUUAAUCAGUACACAAAAGUAUUUUAAACAUUAAGGAUCUGUGCUUAAAAUUAAAAUGUUCGGCUUUACACUUUUUGAGGAACUAACUUUGGUUGUUUUAAUUUUUGGGCAAUUAAUGGUUUUAGGAAUUUUACUUUUUGGAUUGGCAGAAAUUAGAAAACAGUCGGAUAGGAACUUUGCCCAUCUAAUGUUAAUGGUCAAGAAAAAGCUUAACACACCUGAACCAACAGCACCAGAAAUGCAAGACUACAGCCCCGGGCCAUCAACAAUUAAUCAAUCGCCAACAAUGAAUCAACAACAAAUAAUGAUUCAACAACAAACUAUGGAUCUACAGCCAGCAAUGAAUCAGUCACCAACAUAUCCUGCAUACUUUAUUCAACCUGGAUCACUAAAUGUACAAACAAAUCCUUAUCAAAUCUGUUACUCAAAUAUAAACGAAAUGAAGCAAUUAAAUGUGUGAAAGCAAAUAAAAAUGUUGUUUAUAAUUUUUCUGGGAAUAA